CCGAAGCGUGACUAACAUCGGGAAUAUCCUCCCAUUAUUAUUACUAUUGGGAGGGUUUGGUUUGCGGCCGUCAGGCCGACCUUUCCCAGCUAUAGCUGAAGAACAAUGAACCAUUGCGGUCGCAGCGGUGUGCACAGUUCUGGCUAUGCAACAAAGCAAACUUAAUUGGUCCCUCCUAACUAUUUGUGUGUCAUACCGUGUAACCGUGGAAUGUGUCGGAAAACGUGCGCGGACAAACACGAGACCCGGUUGUUUUGGGGUGGUGUGUCGUAGGUAGUAACAACGGUAAUUAGCAUAGGCCGACCUUUGAGUAGUUCAAACUAAAAGUUUAAACAUGACUACAUUUGGACCUUGUUCGGUUUUCUAAACCGACAAAGCGAUUUAUUCAUUCCUUGUUGUAUGACAGAUCUUUGCUCGACGUAAACAUCGGUCGAUGCAAAUUCCGCGUCACAAAACAAAUAACUUAGAUCGUAAUAGGUAGGUAGUGGAUUCAUUACAAGGUACAACCAAGAGUUGUUGUCGGAUAAAAAAAAAUACCAGCCAUUCUUGACCUGCGGAUGCGGAUGAUUGAACUUGUUAAUCAACAUGUUUUACCACCGUUUAAACAUAAUUUGCUCUUGGUGGAUCACAUUGCAAAGCCCAUCAUCACAUUUUAAUCAGUUUAACUGUUAUAUAGUGUUGAUUGCAGCGUUCAUGUUUCUUUAGUUUAUUGUUGGCGGUAAAAUUGAAAGGAUCCUGAUUGAACAAGUGGCGUUGCUGGUGUUUCACAACAGAAAACAUGUGGAAGUUCAAAAAAAGUGAGAUUGCCAUGAUGAAACGCCGUUCGCUGGCCGGGAACUGCGGAGUGGGAGUGUUCGUGAUUGCCCUGGUCACGGUGCUGGUCGCCUUUGCGACGCCAAGCUGGCUGGUGAGCGACUACCGAAUCACCGGAGCUAAACUGGAUCGGCUCGGCCUGUGGACGCACUGUUUCCGCUCGCUGCCGGAUGUGAACGACGACUAUCAGCGGCGGUUCUUCGUCGGCUGCCGGUGGGUGUACGACCCGUUCACCAAGGGUUACGACGAGAUACGGGGAUUCCUGAUACCGCCUUUUAUGGUCGCAACCCAGUUUUUCUACACGUUGUGCGCGAUCGGAGUUUUUCUGUCGAUGAUCCUGGUUUUACUGUUCUUCCUAUGUGCCGGUCCAGAUCAAAAGUUUUUCGUUAAACUAAUCAGGACAAUCGGGUACUUAACGCUGGCCGCCGGUAUCUGCGGUGGCAUCGGUGUCAUCGUGUUCGCCGCGUUCGGCAACAAGGACAAGUGGAUGCCGGAGCACGCCAACAACUGGUUCGGUUGGUCCUUCAUCUUGGCCUGCAUCGGUGCGGUUGCAUGCGGCGUGACUGCGUCCUUGUUUUUGACCGAAGCGCACGUGCAGGCUCGCAAGCGAAGACAGCUGAAGGAGUCGCAAACGCGGUUCCAGAUCGACAGCGAAUCGAAAGCUUAGUUCGAUUCUGGCCAGAAUUCGACCAGAAAAAGCGCACAUCGUAAAGUAGUAGCAGACAGCUUGACGAAGUAAUCCAACAGUACAAUCCGGAGUGAAAUGCCUUUUUAUCGAAAGUUACGAAUCUUUACAACAUGUUUUUAUCUAUACACGCAAGGAAAAUGGUUGGAGAUGUAAAUAGGGCAAAAAAAGACAUUUAAAAAGUUCAAUUCAAUCAUAUUCAGCUAUUUUUCCAUCAAUCUAUCGUACUAAUCGAAACACGAUGCCGUCCACAAUUUAGCAGUUAGCCUGUUUACCUUUUUUUAGGUUAUAGAAAUUUUACUACUUCACAGUUGAAUGUAAAUAACUUUUAAACAAAACGCAUUCCAGCUGAACCCUGCGAUCAAGCUUGCUUCGUGCGUUCGUUCGUGCGUACGUACCUCAACAAAAUGGACAAAUUCCAAUCUAAAAUGCCAAAUUAGAUCAAUACCUACAUGUAGAACUCAACCGCUAACCGAAUCUCAGAGUAAGCAAGCAAGCAAGCAAGCAGCGUUACAGCAAACUUGAGGCGCAAUUUUUUUUGGUACUGUUUUUUAAGAUCCAUCUUUUAAUUUCAACCAGCUUUCGUUUUUUUAUUCCAACUGCGAUUCAUUAAUUGUUUUCCACCGUUUGUUUGGUGGAAGAGUGACGUGAAUCGUUGUGCUGCCUUGAAUAAGAUAAUAAGUAACGAUUUAAGCAAUGGCGCAAGAAUCUUUCCUAGUAAUAAGUGUAGUUGCUAAGGUGAAGCAAUCGAACGAAAAAGAGAAAUUCUAACCGGCUCAUUAGUAGAAAAAAUUUGCUGUUUUCAAGGUGUAAUCGCGUCUCCGGACGUCUAUAUUAGCGGUAAGAAUUUUAGAUAAGAAAAAGUAAUUCUAACGCAGAACAUUUCAACUAAUAAACGUG